AUGUUUUUUCUUCCGCCUGAAGUUCAAUUGGAUGUGUUCAAAUACCUCAAUUUCAACCAAUUAUUCUCUGUCAAACAAACAAAUUUUUACUUUUCCAAUUUAAUUAAUAAAUAUGAGGGGGAAUUGGCACGGAAGGAAUUUUUUGAACUCUCAAUAAUAAGCGAAAAUGAAAAGUCUCGUUCAUAUACUCUAAUUGAAAAUAAAUUGGGAGAUUUUGAAUUUACUUUAAAUAAUCAACUUAGAAAGAAGUGGCAGAAAGCGGUAGACAAAGCAAUUCCUUUAUUUUUAUGUAAAUCUAGCAACAGGAUACUUCUUUAUAUAAAAACUUUAGGUUAA